CAAGCAGAAGGACGUCAAGCUGGUGCUGUGCGGGGAAAAAGCCAUCUUCCCUCUUUCUUACUUUAAAAUUCAACUAGUUCUCCAUACCACAGGUGGACAGGCCUGGCAUCUUUGUAACUUUCUGUUCAUGAUUGAUUUUGAUGCCGUUUAAUAUUCUUGUCUCUUUGCAUGGUGCUGUUUAAUUGCUGUCAUAUUUUAGGAUGGGACACAGCAUGAUGGAGACCACAUUUUUUUGCAUCUUCACCUGCACAGCUUUAUCAGGUGUUUUAGGUAAUAAGUGGUGGAUAACAAUGCCUACCCCAGACUUAUGCAUCUGGACCAGCACGACAGCUAGCUUGCCCUGCCAAUACAACUAUCCCUAUGGAUACAGAGUGACAAAGGUGAUGUGGUACCGAGUCACUGCAGAUGGAAAGCAGGAAUAUGCCUUUCACAGAGAUUUGAACCUAGUAAGUCCAACCUACAAGGGAAGGACAAGGUACUCUAAUAGGUCCAAGUCAUGUCUGCUAGAGAUCUCCAAUAUCAGGACAACAGACAACGGAGAAUAUCAUUUUAGAUUUGAAACUGAUCAUCCGAAAGGCAAGCAGACAUUCACCAAUUCUACUUUCCUUUCUGUAACAGAUUUGCAGGUUCAAGUACACCCAGCCAGAGCAGGAAACAUGUUUGCUUCUGGAGAAACUGUCUACUUGAGCUGUAUAGCUACAGGGUGUGCAUCCAGAGGAACAACAUUUGUGCUCUACAGGAAUGCUACACGUUUGGAAUUGUCCAACCCACUGACCAUUUAUAACUUUGACCAGAAACAUGCUGGUACCUAUACCUGCCAUGCAGAAUCCUCACCCAGCAUCCAGUCCCUGGGUAUUAUCCUCUCAGUGGGAUAUCCCCCUCGCUUCACCACUGUUGAGAUCAGCCCACAAAGCACUAUUUCUGAAGGCAGCUCAGUAAUGCUGACCUGCAACAGUGAUGCUGACCCAGCUGUGGAGACCUACUCUUGGUUUAAGGAUGGAGACAACUGGAGUUUACCAGACAGCUUCAAGCCUGAGCUGCACCUGUGGAGGGUGCUGCCGUCUGACCUUGGAGAGUAUUACUGCAUGACACAAAACUCCCUAGGCAGGGAGAAAUCCAGACCUGUUUUGCUGAAUGUCACCUAUGCACCAAGGAGCACAUCUGUGUCAAUUAACCCACCUGUGGACAUAAUGGAGGGGAGCUCAGUGACACUGAACUGUAACAGCAAUGCCAACCCACCAGUGCAGAAUUACUCCUGGUUUCAGAUCAUGGGAUCUAAGCUCUAUGAGAGAGGCUUUUCACAGAACCUUGCAUUCACCAGUGUGCGUGCCCAGGACAGCGGCCAGUACUACUGCACAGUGCGCAACCAGCAUGGACAGGACACCUCCUUCGACCGCUCUUUGGUGAUACUAUACACUCCUAAGAACACAUCCGUGUCCAUCCAGCCCUCUGGCGACAUUGAGGCUGGCUGCUCAGUGACUCUCACCUGCAGCAGCAAUGCCAACCCCACAGUGGAGAACUAUACCUGGUUCAGGAUCAAUGAAGCUGACAUGUGGGAAAUCCAAUCAGGCCCAACAUAUACCAUUUCCCGAAUCACCCACAGGGAGGGAGGGAAGUAUUACUGCGAGGCGAGCAACCGACUGGGGAGCCACCGCUCUCCUGUUCUCCUUGUCCAAGUGAGGGGUAGGCUUAAGGUCAUUGCUCUGGUAUCUGCCAUAGGUGUUUCAGUUGGGCUUAUCACAUUGACUGUCUUUAUCAUGAUCAGCAAGAAUAUGCAUGUUGUAGAAAAUGAACUUGCCGAGGAUGCCCAACAGGUAUCAUCAGAACAAAUGGAUAUGUUUCAAGGAACAAUGAGUAAGAAAUUUGAAAUGUGGAAAUUACAAGCGAGAGACAUGCUAGAGGAGCCAGAAAAUAUUUUUGAGAACACACACCCUACCAUCAUUCCUCUGAAAGACGUUACACCUAACUCAGAAGGAGAUGAAGAUAUCAGCUGUGUGACGGUUCACUUCACCAGGAACUUAAGCACCAUCCAGGAUGCAAAUAAAUGCAUUUUUACAUCUUAAGUGAAUAUAAAGUCAGCACCCUUAUUGAAAUUGCAUUUUUUUGUGAUAUAAAGUCAUAAAUCCAGAAGAAUCAUUUCAGACAAAGGCUACCUCAGGUCACUUGCUGUAAUAGUCAAUAAGUGUCUUUAACUUAAUUAAACUUAAACAUUUUAAGUUAGCUCUUUAACUGUGUCAAAACUCUUCUGAGCCUCAGGUGUCCAUAUGAAAGCCUCCGGUCCAUUUAGAAGUUCUUGUAGGGGCUCAGCAACACCAGAGUAGUCUGGUAUAAAUUUUGAAUACCAUGAUGUAGGCCCUAGAAAUUAUCUCAGUUUAAGCAGGUCUGUAGGUGGUGGUGCCUGGACAACUGCAGCCACGUGUGAGGCAUCAGGUUGAAGUCCCUUUCCUGACACUGUGUGCCCCAGGAAAGACAGUUCCUUUUGUCUGAAGUUGCAUUUCGAGAGGUUCAGUUUGACUCCAGCCUCCUCAAUGCACUGAAGCAUAGCUGUCAACUGUUUGUUAUGUUCCUUGGCUAUCUAACCUGUGACAAUGAUGUCGUCAAGAUACCACUAUGCCCCCAACAUGCCUUUCAGAAUGGAUGACAUCAUCCUCUGGAAAUAGCUGUGUCCGGAUGCCAAGCCAUACGGCACCCUCCUGAAGAGGAACAGACCAUCAUGCGUGAUAAAUGUUGUCAAACCUUUAUGAAAUUGUCAGAGCUUUAGAUAAGUCAGCGGUACCUCCAGUAGCAAGCGUUCCCUGACGUCUUUUCACCAAGUUUGUCCGGAACCAUCUCCUCUUCCAUAGCCCCAAACUGAAAAAGUAGCAACCAGCUCUUUUAAAGCAGCCACAAACUAGUCCAUAGUCUCACCCCCGUGCUGACCACAUUGUCUGAAACAUUGGCUACCACAUUAACUUUUGGUGUAAAAAAAACGGAUGACCUCCCUUGCUCUGUCAUAUUUGUUAUUGGCCACUGUUAGUGUGUAAGAAAGUCUCUGGCCUUCUAUGCCCAAAGAGAGUAUAAGAAGUGCCCGCUCUCUUGCAUCAGGCAAAUCUGAGUCCGACACUGCCAGUAAAUAAUUCUCAGACAUAUGGAUCUAAACCUUAAACAGUAUUGCCAGUUCCCCAACACUUUGUAGAAAUGGUGCAGGCUCGCUGAGAUUCAAAGCCGCCAUCCUCAUUGCCAGUAUGUUGUGUCAUGGAAUCAAGACACUGGUUAGUCUGGAACUUCACCUAUAAUCAGAGCAGAACACAGAACAGUACACUGCAGUACACUUCUCUCUUUCCCAUCACCCUCUCACCUUCCCCUCAGCUCCACCUAGAGGUGAGGAUGAAACACCACAGUUUUUAUCUUUAAUGUGACAAAUCAAGAGAAAAAGUAGACAGUAUCCCACAAGAACCUGCAAUUUCAAAAAGAAUGUGUAGACUUGUUUGUAUUGACUGUUCAUUAAGUCUCAGAACUUUAUGUUUUGGCUUAGUAUUAUACUGUAUCUAUCAUUGUCUCAAAAUGAACAAUUAUUUUAAAAACCAGCUGAAAGCUCUGUAACAGUAAAAAGCAACUGCAAAAAAAAUUCAUAUUAGAAAACGCUUUUCUUGGCUACUUUCUUGUUUGAGAGAUACAGUGGUGAGAAACAUUCAUUUGCUUUCUCUCUGUCACUGGUGGAUUUAAUUAAAAAGGCUGUUGUGUCUCAGUCAGGAUCGGAAAGUUGUCCUAAAUCCACCACUAGAGAGUGCUGCUGAGGAUACAGAUGUUAUCAACCCUGUGUUGGUGAGGCUCACAAAAGGAUUAUGAAGCCAUCUCUGACCAAAGAAUUUGUUUUGUAUUUUUGGUGUCUAAUCCAACAAUUCUAUUGUCCUUGUUGUGUCUAAUUACAUUUUUAAAAAGUCUAAAUUCGUAAAUAUUUUUUUUAUUUACUGUAAUGGGAUAGUGCCCCAUCCUGAGUUAUUCCCUUCCUUGCGCCAGACCCCCACAACUCUGCAUAGGAUGAGAGGGUAUAAUAAAUAGAUGCAUGGGUGUUUUUAUCAACCAAAAACUUUUUCUCACAUACCUAGUUUUAACCCUCUGGGGACGGGGGCAUGGUCGGCAAUGCCACGUAUCUUUCUCAUGUAUUUCAGUUUAUAUCUCACUGAAAUCUUUAUGCAGAAUUAUGAAAAAACGGUGACUAAAUCCGUAAUCUGUCUUCUUUUCAAAACGUCCAUUGUCCGAAGUAUUAAAGUUUUUAAAAUUAGGUUAAAUAGGCAAAAAAGUAAACCAUGUCACCUUACUUUGUUUUACCUGCAUCGGGGGCAUGUAGUACCGCUCACACCUGAAGAUCACUAUUCACAUUCUGAAUAGCCGCAUUACCCCAUUACCCCACGUAUUCAAAUCGCAUUCACUUGGUAAUUUUAUGAACAACGGAAUGGUGAAACGCCAUCCAGAUACAUCCCCAUCAGCACCAUAAAAGGGGGGGUGGAUAUGGCCAAGUGUGAAUGACUUAUGCAUACACAUUAGAGCUCCUACUGUACAUAUUCAAUGGAAGGAGGCCAGAAAUAGUGAUAUGAGUUAGGUUUUUCUUAUUUAUUUAUCCAACUGAAUAUUGCAACUACAUCAUUUAAUCAUCUUCAUGUACCCAAGACUGGUGAUCAGAUAUCUGGGCUCAAAACUAACUGGCACCAUUGCUUACUAUGUACUUUUAUAAUGUUUCUGCAAGUGUUCCAAACUGCAUUUUGCAAUAUCUAUACUUUGAUGUCAAAUAUG